AUGGCAACAACACUACCAUAUCGACCGUCAAACGACUCCCUCUCCGCCUCGAAUAACCGCCAAACUAGUGGUCUCCCUCGGCUCUCGCCUGCGGCCUCCUUCAUUGGACGCUCGCCCAGCAGCUCACACGGAUCUUAUAGACGCACAUCCACAGAGAAUGCAGCCUCGAGCUUCAAACCCCGCCGCUGCAAGGCGCAAUACCCCCUCGACUCGCCGGAACGCCAUGUGGAAUACAUUCUGGUUGCGUCCUUCCAUAUUGACCGGGGGCCAAUCAUGGAACACCAAUACCCCGCUGCAAUCAGCGGUGACGAGAGCAUGCUUGCGGAGCUGAUGCUGCCGGAUCAGACCCAUGUGCGGAGUCAGGACUGGACCAUGUUCUUCCUACACAAAGACACAAGUGGCGAGGAUGAGACGAAUGAAGCGGGUGGGAAGAAGAAGAAGCGGAAGUCAAAAUACAUUGGGAAUCAGGAGGGUGCCGGUCUUCCUGACGAUGACCCCGGCGAGGCCUCCGAUGACCCCGAUAGCAGCGAUGACGAGGGUGGUGAAGGGCCGCCCUUGAUGUACGUGUUGAAUUUGGUCAAUACGAAGCAGGAUAACACCGUCCGAAGAGGUGCAGUAGUGAAGGCGAUGGCCAUCUGUACAAGACAUUCAUUCCUCCACAUAUACAAACCCUUGCUCCUUCUAGCGUUGGAGGAUUAUUUUAAAUCACCAUAUCCCGAAACCCUGGCAACUCUAUAUGACGCUGUCAACGCCAUGGAUCUUUCGUUAAUGCCGAAGAUGUCGAUACUCGAGCGCCACAUCCUGCAAUCUAGCAACACAAAGGAUAUGUUCCUGGAGAAGUUCGAACAAAUGAUCCGCCAGCGUGAGGAAGAAGAGGCCCAGAAUGGCGAAUGCCCACCGUCACCAAAGAAAAUGAGCCGAUACGCGCUACCGCGGGAUACACACGAAUUCGAGUCAAAGGUGGUCUACAAUGACAUUCCCAUUCCGGUCAAAAUUCCUACAGUGAUUUGGCCAGAGACCGUUGGCGACUUCUCCCUUAUCAAGCUUAUUCAAACAUUCGCCGUGCCUCAUGCCACAUCUCCACAAGCUUUCCCAGCGCAUCCCCAUCUGACAACAAGCGGGCCAUUCACACACCCCAUCAUUGUCCUCGUCAACGCCAUCCUCACCCAGAAGCGCGUGGUCUUCCUAGGCCACAACCGGCCUUCAGGAGAAGUAGCCGAGGCAGUCCUUGCAGCCUGCGCCCUCGCAUCAGGCGGCAUUCUCCGAGGCUUCACCCGACACGCUUUCCCCUACACAGAUCUUUCCAAAAUCGACGAUCUCCUCCAAGUCCCCGGUUUCAUAGCCGGCGUCACAAACCCCACAUUCGCCAAUCACCCUGAAUGGUGGGACGUCUUAUGCGACCUACCAACAGGCCGCAUCAAGAUCUCCAGCCACGUCGAACCAGCCCCGGUAACCGAAGGCCUCCUCUUCUUCCAACAGCAAAACUCCCUCCUCCCACCCACCACCUCCACAUCCUCCGAUCCAACCGGUGACACCCUCUUCAUCGAAGACAUCCUCCGCAGCAUCAGCCAACGCCACGGUGAAAAUGCCGUCCGCGCCAAAUGGCGCGCCUACAUAACGAAAUUCGUCCGCGUCGCCGCCGCCUUUGAAGAAGCCGUCUACGGCGCCUCAAACCUAUACAUCAUCGGCCCCGGCGAAGAACUCUCCCCGGAUAGCCCAACAGGCCACCAAAGCGACGCAUCCGACCCGACCUCCCUCCGCGGCCACGGCUACGUCUGGACCGACGAAGGCGCCAAACAGCGCGAACUCUCAGCCUCCGUAUCCCGCAUCGAGGGCUGGCGAAAUACCCGCUCCUAUUACUCUUACAUCCAGGAUAUCGCCGCAAUGUACUACCCAGCACGUCCGAUCCAACGACCAGAUAUCCACCACCACCACGACCGGCUACGUGCUCUGAAACUAUCACACGCCGAAGCGGCAUCGAUUUACCUCGCCCUCUCGCAUGCCGUCAAGGAUUACGCGGGUAUUUGUCAGUUGCUUACCGUGGCGCCGGAGAACCAGGCUGGAUUGUUCUAUGUGAGUAUGGGACUUUUCCAUCCGGAUCAGGUUGUACGCGAAGCGACGGUUGAUCUGUUAGAUCGGAUUGCAGCGCAUCCGGCUGGUCGUCAUUUCUGGACGCAUGUGGGGAGGUUUGCGAAGUUGGGGUAUAUUCGGGUUAAGCGGGAGAGGGAUGCUGCGACACAGAGUCCUGCGUCGCCGGUUCCGACGAGUCCUGGGGCGAGCUUUGGAGGUGAGCCGCAGAGUCUUGUUGGGGUUGCUAUGGGGGAUGGGAUGCAGAGGCGGAGCUGA